AUGUCUGUAGUGGGCGUUGACUUGGGCACGCUCAACAGCGUCAUUGCUGUUGCGCGCAACCGUGGCUUCGGCCCCAAGAGCAGAUACAUUGGAGAGGCCGCAAAGAACCAGGAGGUCUCCAACCUCAAGAACACUGUCUCGUCCUUCGUCCGUCUCGCCGGGCGCUCCCUCAGCGAUCCCGAUGUCCAAAUCGAGCAGGAUUUCGUCUCUGCGCCGCUCGUCGAUAUCGGCGGCCAGGUCGGCGCCGAGGUCACAUACAUGGGCAAGAAGGAGCAGUUCACAGCCACUCAGAUCACCGCCAUGUUCCUCACCAGAAUGAAGGCCACGGCCUCUGUCGAGCUCAAGCUGCCCGUCGCCGAUGUCGUCCUCAGCUGCCCUGUCUGGUACACCGACUCACAGCGCCGUGCCAUCCUCGACGCCGCAGAUAUUGCUGGACUGAAGUGCCUGCGAUUAAUCAACGACAACACUGCCGUCGCCCUCGGCUACGGUAUUCCUAAGCUCGACCUCCCCACCGCCGAGGAGACGCCACGAAGAGUCGUCUUCGUCAACAUCGGCCACAGCAACUACACUGCCACCGUUGUCGAGUUCAGGAAAGGUGAGCUCGCCGUCAAGUCGAGCGCCUGGGACCGCCACUUUGGUGGCCGCUACAUCGACAAGGCCCUCGUUGAGCACUUCGCAAAGGAGUUCAAGGAGAAAUACAAGAUUGAUGUCAUGGAGAACGGCAAGGCCCGCUUCCGUCUGGCUGCAGGUGUCGAGAAACUCAAGAAGAUUCUCUCCGCCAACAACAUGGCGCCCCUCAACGUCGAGUCCAUCAUGAACGACGUCGAUGUGCGCGGCAUGCUCAAGCGCGAGGAGCUCGAGGAGCUCAUCAAGCCGCUCAUCGAGCGUGCCACAAUCCCCAUUGAGCAGGCACUUGCCGAGGCUAAGCUCAAGCCCGAGGACAUUGACGCCAUCGAGAUGGUUGGAGGAUGCACGCGUGUGCCCUCGAUCAAGACCGCCAUUCAGGACUACUUCGGCAAGCCAUUGUCCUUCACACUCAACCAGGACGAGGCUGUCGCACGAGGAUGUGCCUUCAGCUGUGCCAUCCUAUCACCAGUGUUCCGUGUCCGUGACUUCUCCAUUCACGACAUGGUCAACUACCCCAUCGAAUUCACCUGGGAGAAGUCUGAGGACAUCCCCGACGAGGACACUAACCUCACUGUCUUCCAGAAGGGUGGUGUUAUGCCAUCAACCAAGAUUCUCACAUUCUACCGUAAACACCCCUUCGAUCUCGAGGCCAAGUACGCGAAGCCCGAGCAGCUGCCCGGCAAGACGAACCCAUGGAUCGGCCGAUUUUCGGUCAAGGGCGUCAAGGAGGACCCCAAAGGCGACUUCAUGAUCUGCAAAUUGAAGGCACGCCUCAAUAUCCAUGGCGUGCUCAACGUCGAGUCUGGCUACUAUGUGGAGGAGACUGAGGUCGAGGAGCCGAUCCCAGAGCCUCCUUCAGAGGAGAAGAAAGAGGGUGAUGUAAUGGACGUCGACAAGGACGCGCCCAAGGAGCCACCGAAGAUGCGCAAGGUCAAGAAGCAACAGAGGAAGGGAGACCUCCCAUUGUCUGCUGGCACCGCCUCGCUCGACGAAGCUUCCAAGCAAAUCGCAGCCGAGAAGGAGGCUUCCAUGAUCAUGGAGGACAAGCUUGUUGCCGAUACCGAGAACGAGAAGAACAACCUUGAGAGCAUGAUCUACGAGCUCAAGGACAAGAUCCUUGACGUCUAUGCAGAAUUUGCCAGCGACGACGAGAAGGCAAAGCUUAACGCUAAGCUCGAGCAAGUCGAGGAAUGGCUGUACGAUGACGGCGAGGACGCCACAAAGAACCAGUACGUGUCUAAGAAAGAGGACAUUCGGUCAAUCGCCGGUCCCAUCAUUCAGCGUUAUAACGACAAGGUCGAGGGCGAGCGACAGGCAAAGAUGGAGAAGUAUCAACAAGAGAUGGCUGCAAAGCAGGCUGAGCUUGAGCGCUCCAAGCGGGAAGCGGAGAGCAAGGCACAGGCGAACGCACCGCCAGCGGCCGAGGAGAAGGACACUGAGAUGACAGACGCUGAGGGCCAAAAGCCCGACAGCGUUGAGGAGGCUUCUUAGUUGGAUGCCCACAUUUGAGGCGUUGGCACGGAAGCAAAAGCAUUGGUACGGCGUGAGAAGGAUUUUUAUGAGAUUCUUUGCGCAUACGAAAUGAACAUGGUAAUGCGAUGUUUAUGAUAGACCAAUCCAUAGAUGUACGACAUCAAAUUUUUCUUACGAGUCAACAUGGAA